GUGGUAAAGUAAUUCUUUUUUUUUUAAAGGUGAUAAAUUCAAUAAUUUAGUUAUUUGAAGGUGGUAAAAAUCAAAAUUUCGUUUGAUUAAUUGAAUGCAAAAAAUUCAGUUCCUUCGUUGAAUAAAAUUUAAAGCUAUAUCUCUCUUCCCCAAACUUCACUCUUCUUCUCCCUGCAAACUCUAAAUCACCUCAGAUCUUCCAUCUUCUUCUUCAUGCAAUCAACUUAGGGUUUCUGCAAAUCCAUAAACCUCCAAGCUUUCAACAAUGGCGAAACCGAAAUACGGUCGUCCUCUACUUCGGAAAUCGUCAACGCCAUCGUCAACGCUCAUAUUCGCAUUGCUUCUUUUGUUCUCUGUCCUCGUUCUUAUCCUUCUUGCUCUUGGAAUUGUCUCCAUUCCUAGCAUUAAUCCUUCCGCUUCUCAUCAAGUUAAUGAUCUCAAUUCCAUCGUUCAUAAUGCUGUUCACAGGGUUGAUCAUGUGAGCAAAGAAAGAGAUCAGCAAUGGGUUGAAUUACUAUCUUGGGAGCCUAGAGCUUUUGUUUAUCAUAAUUUCUUGUCUAAGGAAGAAUGUGAGUACCUUAUCAAACUUGCCUCACCUCGCAUGGAAAAGUCACUAGUUGUUGAUGAGCAAACCGGCAAGAGUAAAGACAGCAGGGUGCGUACUAGUUCAGGAACAUUCCUUGCUAGAGGUCGGGAUAAGAUCAUCAGGACCAUAGAGCAGAGAAUUGCAGAUUUCACUUUUCUUCCAGUAGAUCACGGUGAAGGUCUUCAAGUUCUUCACUACGAAGUGGGGCAAAGGUACGAGCCUCACUUUGACUACUUUUUGGAAGACUACAGCACUGCCAAUGGAGGUCAACGAAUAGCCACUGUUCUCAUGUAUCUCUCUGAUGUUGAAGAAGGGGGUGAGACAGUAUUUCCCUCUGCAAAAGGAAACAUCAGUGCUGUACCUUAUUGGAACGAGUUAUCUAAAUGUGGUAAAGAAGGUCUUUCGGUCAAACCAAAUAGGGGUGAUGCUUUGCUGUUUUGGAGCAUGAAGCCUGAUGCCUCUCUGGAUCCCUUAAGUUUGCAUGGUGGUUGCCCUGUAAUUAAAGGGAAUAAGUGGUCAGCCACAAAAUGGAUUCGUGUCAAUGCAUACCACUCUUGAAUCUUCAACUGAUCUGUUAAAAGGUCACAUUCGAUGUCAAUUAACUAGUUGCUGUAUUAUGUGUAUCAAUUACCCAAUAGAUUGUUAACUAUUGCUGAAUCACGAGGCGCCAACCUGGCCAUAUCAAAGGAAGCUUACAAUUUUGAUGUUUGAAUUGAUUUUACACUGUAUUUUUCUGUUAUUAAUUUUACUCAUAGAAUAAGUCUUAAAAAAUAUUGUAUAACUAUGUAAUGUAGAGGAUCUGAUACGUGUGUAAAAGUUGUAAUUCAUAAACAUGCGGUUAUUAACUUAUUAUGGUCACUUUUGAGCUGCAAAUAUCGAAAUAGAAACGAAACUCCGGACUUCACAAGUUCAA